AGUCAGAACCGACUUGUGCUCAGUUUAAAAAAGAAAUGGAAGGGAAAGACGAAAGAAACGGGUACCCUGUGUCCGAGUGCUCGGUGUCCACCGCAACUAAAGUUGCAGGCAAAGGCGAUCCUCAAGCAUGCAAAGAAAAGUUUGUGGUGUUUUUGAAAAAGAAUCUUUUGGUUAUACUGACAGUGUCUGGGGUUUUGGUGGGCGCCGGACUCGGCAUGAUGGUCAGGAAUAUGAACCUUACUCGAGCGCAGAUGACUUACUUCGCCUUCCCCGGGGAACUGUUACUGAGGAUGCUGAAGAUGGUCAUCCUCCCCCUGGUCGUGUGCAGCCUGAUCUCGGGGGCAGCCAGUCUGGACACCCGAUCCUUGGGUAAACUGGGCGGAAUUGCCGUGUCAUACUUUUUGGUGACCACCCUCAUCGCUUCUGCCAUCGGUAUAGCUAUGGCCUUCAUUAUCAAGCCCGGGGUUGGUGCAGGUGCGCUGAACACCAAUAGCCUGGGUUUGGAAACAGUCACUACCAACAAGCAAACUACGGAUUCGUUCUUAGAUCUCCUCAGGAACUUGUUUCCGGCUAACCUUAUUGCUGCAGCCUUUCGCACAUAUGCCACCGAUUACAAGAUCAUCACAGUGGGGAACUUCAGCAAUGGGAGCCUUACCUCCCAGAUGGUCCCUGUGGGAACAGACACCGAGGGCAUGAACAUCCUGGGCCUAGUGCUGUUUGCCAUGGUCUUCGGCGUGGCCCUGAGGAAGCUGGGUACCGAGGGAGAGCUGCUCAUCCAGUUCUUCAACGCCUUCAACGAAGCCACCAUGGUGCUCGUCUCCUGGAUCAUGUGGUACGUGCCCGUUGGCAUCAUGUUCCUGGUGGGCAGUAAGAUCGUGGAGAUGGAGGACGUUGUCCUGCUGGUCACCAGUCUGGGGAAGUACAUCCUGGCCUCCAUCCUUGGGCACAUCAUCCACGGGGGCGUUGUUCUGCCCCUCAUCUACUUCACAUUCACCCGGAAGAAUCCCUUCAGCUUCCUGUCCGGCCUCAUCACCCCCUUCACCACUGCCUUUGCAACAUGUUCCAGCUCAGCGACCCUGCCCUCCCUGAUGAAGUGCGUGGAGGAGAACAACGGCGUGGACAAGAGGAUCAGCCGCUUCAUCCUGCCCAUCGGCGCCACGGUCAACAUGGACGGAGCCGCCAUCUUCCAGUGCAUCGCCGCCGUCUUCAUUGCGCAGCUCAACAACGCUGAGCUCAACGCCGGGCAGAUCUUCACCAUCCUGGUGACCGCCACGGCAUCCAGCGUCGGGGCAGCUGGGAUACCGGCCGGGGGGAUCAUCACGAUUGCCAUCAUCCUGGAGGCCAUCGGGCUGCCCACCAACGACCUGUCGCUCAUGCUGGCUGUUGACUGGAUUGUGGACCGCACGACCACAGUGGUGAACGUGGAGGGUGACGCCCUGGGGGCUGGCAUCCUCCACCACAUCAACGAGAAGGAGAUGAAGAAGCAGAAGCAGCUGCUCCAGGAGGGGGGCGAGGAGCUGGCGGCGGUAAGGGUGGAGGCCGUGGCUAACGUUCGGGCUGAAGACGAAACGUCGCCGCUUGUCACACACCUCAGCCAGGCCCAGGACUGCUCUGUGGAGAUGUUUGAGGAGAAGGAAGCCAUAGAGUCGGUUCUCUGAACUGGAAAAAAAAAGCAAGCUUCCCCUCACAUCAGAAACACCCCACAGGCAGUUAGUUAACACCACUACCAAGCCAUUUUUACCUCUAACUAGAAAGGUCACUGACUUGAACGUCCUCCCAACUAUGUGCCAUAGUAACAAGGCAUAGAUGCUGAACUCUACUAUGGGUUUGUAUUUGGGUUAGUCAUGCUGUCUAACUAUUUGCCUGUGGAAUUUAUUGUCAGUUCCUUCCUAUGGGAAUACCACACUUUUUAAAAGGGAACAAUCCCUACAGUGGAUAAGCUAAGAGGUGAGGAUCAAUGAGAAUAUACAGACUGACCAGUCUGUUUGCCUGUUACAUUUUCACUUGGCACAUCAAAUAUUAACACCAUAUAAAAACACCUUUGUUUGCAAGGAGAGGAGGAGGAACAUGUAAAUAUUUAAAUAUGGUACCUCUCCAAUCGGGAACACAAAGGAUUUGCUUGACUGACUCAUAGUGAACCACAGUGCACCAAGAUGAAAACGCUGCUUCUUCUGUUGUUCAGUUCUGUUUGAAUUUACUCCAAGAUCAAGGUGAAACAUAUAUGUACCUGAAGUCGUUCAGUGACAAAGACUCAGUUCCUUAAGAGGUUCAAAACAAAAUAAGACCAAAACAGGUUUUUAUCUCUGUUCUGUUCAGAAAGAGAGAGAUGUCUGUCAGAAAAUGUUUGAGCAGAGAAUUUGCUAUCUGGAAAUGGCUGUUUUCCAUGAACAGGUCCAGGCAUUAGAUGGCAGUUGUUUUUUACAGUUGGUCUAUGUAGUAUAUUGCCACCCAGAGGCUAAUUUCAGUUUUUGUAACUUUUUCCAUCAUUUUUACAAAAGGAAAAUAGCAAAAAAUAUAAAAUAUAUAUUUGGACAUUUCCUAGUUUAG